GGCGGGCGCGGGGCGGGAGCGCGGGUCCAGCACGGGGGACCGCGGCGCCGACACCGAGGGGCCGCCCGCCAGCCCGGCCGGAGGCAGCGAGGCCCCGGGCGGCGGCCGCGGAGCCGGAGCGCAGCGCGCCGAGGACACCGAGCGGCGGCACCGCGGGCACUGGACAGCAGCCUGGCGCCGCAGCCUGGUCCUGAGGGCAGGUGGAAAGUGCUGAAGAACCAGCCUGGCUCCCGUGGCUUCAAAAGGACCCCAGCCCUUGAGGACCCCAGCCCACAGCCCUCUGCCGCCCACAGGAUGGGAGCCUGGGGGCUGGGAGCCCGGCCAUGAGGGAUUACCGCUCCUCCCCACCAAAGGCCAGCCCUGAACCCCCCAGCCACACCCCUGCCCAAAGCCCAGACAUGGACUCCAGACACAGCAACCCCAGUGGGACUGGGGAAGGGGCCUCCUGCUCAGAGGAUCCUGGCAGGAGUUUGGCCUGCCCAUCCCUGACCUGCACCCCUCCCCAGGAGGCAGCCACCAAAGAGACCGUGGGAGCGCAUGGAGCCUCCAUCUCAGGAACACCAGAAGCCACCUUCUCUGGGAAGCCGGAGCUUGUGUCCUCGGCGAACACUGACCCCUCAUCCUUGGAGAGCAGAAAGCCUGUGUUCUUGGAGAAGUUGGACGCCAAGCCUUCCAAGCAGGUAGAUCCCGCUAGCGUAGAGAAGGAAGACACUGGGUCCUUGAGAAAGGCAGAUCCCAUGUUCCUAGGAAAGUCAGAGCCUGACAUCUCGAGAAAGGGGGAGCCUGUGGCUUCUGGAAGGAUGGAUCCUGGGACCCCAGGAGAGGAGGAUCCUGUGUCCUCGGCCAAAGUGGGCCCUGCCUGCCCAAGACAGGAGGAGCCCGGGUGUUCAGGACAGAAGCUUCCUGUGUCCUCAGAAGAGGCGGGCUCUGCAUCUGCGAGCAAGGCACACCUUGUGUCCUUGGGAAGGCGAGAUCCUGGGCCCGCAGGGAAGGCCGAUCCCGGGUCCUUGGACUACGCCCCUUCUGCGUCUGCAGGAAAGACAGAUCCUGGGUCCUUGGCAAUGCUGACGCCAAGGUCACCGGUCAAAAUGGAGCCCAUGUCCCAUGGAACAGUGGCUCCGGGGUCGGCGGGAAGGGGUGGAUGCUUGGAGAUGACCGAUCCUGUAUCUGUGGGUCAUGCAGAAACUGUGUCCUCUACCAAAGAGGACCCUCAGGCCCCGGGAAUGAUGGAGCCUGCCUCCUCCGGAAAGGCCGAUCCGGUGUCUGUGAGAAUGACAGCAACCGGGUCUGCUGGGCAGGCGGGAGCUGGGUCGUUGGGCAAGAUGGGUCCAGCUCCCCUGGGGAAGGUGGAUCCUGUGUCCUCGGAAAAGCCGGAGCCCUUGUCCCUUGGGCAGGUCGGACUGGCAUCUGUGGGAAAGGCAGGAGCUGUGUCCUCCCAAAAGGAGGACUCGGCGUCUUCCAGAAAAGUGGAGCCCCUCGUUUCUGCAGGAAAUAUAAAAACGUCAUCAUCUUCUGGGACAGUGAGUCCUGACUCUUAUGGGAAGACGGACCCUGUGCCCUCGGUUCCUGGGGAUCCCAAGGGCUUGGGGACAGCGGGGCCCUCGUCUUCUGUAAAAGCUGGGACAGUGACGGAGGGGAAAGCAGCGCCCCUGUCCUCAGAGAAAGCAGGACCCGUGGCCUCCGGAAAGGUGGGUCCCACCACCUCAGGGAAGGCGGGCCCCGCCGUGGACAGCGUGGGCCCUGUGAGCAGGGGGAAAGCAGGAAGCGUGUCCCCCGGAGAAGUGGACUCCGUGUCUGCAGGAAAGGUGGCGCCCACGACCAUAGGGAACACGGCCCUGGCGCCCUCGGGGAAAGCCCAUGCUGCCCCCGAGGGAAAGGCGGGUGCUCUGCUCCCAGAGAAGGCGAGUCCUGUGAACUCCUCGAAGGUGGGCCCCGGGGCCUUGGGGAGCGCAGACACAAAGCCCCCUGAGCAGGAGAGUCCCACGCCAUCAGGAAAAGCGGCCGAGGCCGCGUCUCUGCAGAAGGAGAAGCCACUGGCCUCGGAGCGGGAGGAUCCUGGGUCCUCAGGAAAAGCAGGCCCUGCUGCCUCUGGGAAGGUGGAGCCUGCGGCCCUGGGGAAGGCAGAUGCUGCUCCACCCCCAACCCCGGGGAAAGCAGAGCCCCCGUCCUUGUCCUUGGGGGACGUGCCCCCUCUGACUCUGGAGCAGGCGGAGGCCCUCUCCGGACCCAGGAAACCAGCCGGUAAAGCCUGCGGCCCAGCCACCUCUCCCUCCGCUGCGGUUGCCGGGAGCAGCGGCGGGGGCCUGGUGCAGCCAGCGCCGGCCAUCAGCACGGAGGCCUGCAGCCCGGAGGCCGAUGCGCCCCCGCCGGGGCCGCGGACUCGGGACAACUUCACCAAGGCGCCGUCGUGGGAUGCGGGCGCCCCGCCGCCGCCGCGUGAGGACGCGGGCACCCAGGCGGGCGCGCUGGCCUGCGUGUCGGUGGCCGUGAGCCCCAUGUCCCCGCAGGACGGCGCGGGCGGCUCCGCCUUCAGCUUCCAGCCGGCGCCGCGCCCCGCGCCCAGCCCCGCGCCCAGGCCGCCCUCGCGCCGGGACGCGGGCCUGCAGGUGUCGCUGGGGGCCGCCGAGACGCGCUCCGUGGCCACCGGACCCAUGACGCCGCAGGCCUCCGCGCCGCCCGCCGCCGCGCCGCCCGCCUUCCCCGAGGUGCUGGUGCGGCCCGGCUCGGCGCUGGCCGCCGCCCUGGCGCCCUCGGAGGCGGCCGAGCCCGUGCGCGACGUGAGCUGGGACGAGAAGGGCAUGACGUGGGAGGUGUACGGCGCCUCCAUGGAGGUGGAGGUGCUGGGCAUGGCCAUCCAGAAGCACCUGGAGAGGCAGAUCGAGGAGCACGGCCGCCAGGGGGCGCCCGCGCUGCCCCCGGCCGCCCGCCUGGGCCCUGGGAGGGCCGGGUCGGUGCGCGCUGCGCCCCCCGAGGGCGCCGCCAAGCGCCCGCCGGGCCUCUUCCGGGCGCUGCUGCAGAGCGUGCGCCGGCCCAGGUGCUGCUCCCGAGCCGGGCCCACGGCCGAGUGAUCAGCUCCCCUUUUGUACGCCCCGGUGUCCAACCUUCUCAGGCUCCCUUCUUGAGCCCAGUUCCCUGGGAGGCCUCCAAGGCGUGGGCAGGCUCUCUAGGGCCUUCUCGUCCUCUUUUUCAGCCCCCUCCCCUCCCACACAAAUGAACCCUCUCCGCCCAGCUCCCUCCUGGUCAUGAGCCCACGAGUCCAGCCCUGACUCCUGACUGUCCCCUCACGCUGUCCUCUCCACUCCCUCCCGGUCACACUGGGCGACCUCAGGAACCUGCUCAGCACCCCGGCCCUGAGGGCUGGUGGGCUGCCAGUGUCAGCCAGGUCCCCAGAAUGGGAGAGACUGUGUGCAAAACCUCCAAGCGUGCAAGGAUGGGUGUGCGAGGCCCCAGAGUGUGCGAGGCUCUGAAUGUGAGGCCCUGGGCAUGUGUGAGAUUGUGUCCUCCCCACAGGCUUUCCCCGUGGCCCAGGCAUCUCUUGCAUGCUGGUAGUCACCCCCAAUUCCUGUCUCCCCUCACCCAGCCCAGCUCCCAGCCCUAUGUCCACCCUCACAGGACACUCUUUACAAUCCCGGGGGGGGGGGGGGGAGGAGGGCAGUGGCAGGAGUGCCCUGGCCCUGCAGUUGAAAGGAGAGUCUCAGAAAGGUCAGAGGGCCUCAGACAGGUCUGGGUUACAGGUCAGGGCCACAGGCAGACUGAGUGGCCGCUGGUCCUGGGUAUCGGGGCAGGAUGGAGAGCUCAUCCUACAACCACAGUUGUCCUCUCAAGGCUUCCCUCUCCAGCCUCUUGUCCACCCCUGUGCUGUGAAGACCCCUCAGAACACCUGGUCCCACCCCUCCAGCCGUGGUUUUUGGCUACAAACUGUCACAGUGUACCUUGGUAAUAAAAUAUUCCCCCCCGACUCUCA